UCCCACACAUCCACGGACUCUCCCGCCCGUGGAGCUGCGGGCGUGACCCGCGUGGUUUUCACAGCCUACCCAGCAGCCCUCGGGGAAACCCGCAGGGGCUUCCCCAGUGGAACCCAGGAGCCCUAGGAACACUGGAGCUAGGGGCCCGGGACCGCCCGAGCCCUUUCUCAGACGCGCCGACCCCGGAAGCAGGGCGUCAAAGUGAGCGCACCGUGGGUCAGGCACAUCCGGGAGCCGAGUCCGGGCAGUGUGUGCAGUACGGCGGGCGGGCGAGGUGACGUUUCAGGCAGGGUGGCGGUCACGUCUGGACCAGAGUCACCUUGAGGGGCCAGAGCCCAUGACCAUCUCCACCUGGUUGGAGCCAGUGAUCAUCUUCAGCAGCUGAUAUCACAAGAAAGACUUAGGGACCUGGGAGCACUCAGCAGAAUCUUUCCCUGAGACAUGGAGCUUGGGGGCCGAAUGCUCUGGGCCCUCAUGUCUGGCCCCGGGAGGAGGGCAGGCACCAGGGGCUGGGCCUUCAGCUCAUGGCAGCCCCAUCAGCCUCUCUCUGGGUCGUUGAAUGCCACAGACCUGGUCAGCCACUGGACUGCAGUCUUUGAGAAGAGGGGCAUCCCUGAGGCCCAGGCAUCCAGUGAGUACAUCGUGGCUCAUGUCCUUGGAGCCAAAACAUUUCAGAGCCUGAGGCCAGUACUUUGGACCCAGCCCUUGACCCCUCGGCAGCUGCAGUGCGUCCAGGAGCUGAGUAGCCGCCGGCUGCAAAGGAUGCCUGUGCAGUACAUCCUCGGGGAGUGGGACUUUCAAGGGCUCAGUCUGAAGAUGGUCCCCCCGGUGUUCAUCCCUCGCCCGGAAACAGAGGAGCUGGUUGAAUGGGUCCUGGAGGAGGUGGCCCAGAGUCCCUGUGCAAUGGGAGCCCAGGGUGGCCCCCUCAUCCUGGAGGUGGGCUGCGGAUCGGGAGCCAUCGCCCUAAGCCUGCUGAGUCAGCUUCCCCAGAGCCGAGUCAUUGCCGUGGAUAAAGGAGAAGCUGCCAUCUGCCUGACCCAGGAGAAUGCUCAGAGGCUUCAGUUGCUGGACAGAAUUCAGAUCGUCCCCCUCGAUGUGACCUUAGAGGGGAGCUGGGCACACCUCCUGACGUGGGGCCCCAUGGACCUGGUCGUCAGCAACCCUCCCUACAUCUUCCACCGAGACAUGGAACAGCUGGCCCCUGAGAUCCGCAGGAGCAUCUUCUUAGAAGUGGACCCAAGACACCCAGAGCUCGUUGGCAGCUGGCUUCAAAGCCGGCCUGACCUGUCCCUUGAUCUUGUGGCUGUGCGCAGGGACUUCUGUGGGAGGUCCCGGUUCCUGCAUAUCCGGAGGUCUGGGGCACAGCGUGGCUGCCCUGCGGAUGCCUGGCCAUGGCCCCUGCCUGCCAGAGUGCCUGGCUGAUCGUUCUUCCUGGAAUGGUGCUUGGGGGGAGGUGAUGGUACCUUCCAGAACCCAGGUGCUUAUGACAUUUCCCAUGGUUCUGUGAUUCUACAUUUCUAUAUGUUCUAUUUUUCUAGGAGACUUGGGGGUAAAAGCAAGGGUAGGGAUGUCCUCCCUGGGGUGGCAAAGAACAAGGGCAUCCACAGUUUGGCCCAGAGCUGAGCAGACCUAGGUUCCCCAUCUGGUUCCAUCGCAUCAGUGCGGCCAAGGGCAAGUUGCUCAAUGUCUCUGUGGGUGGAAUUGCCUUGGGGAUGUUGGGAGAUACGGCCAAUAAAGGGUCAAGAGACCAACGA